CCUCUGAGCCGAAUCGAUCAAGGAGCUGCAUGGUUUGUUUAGGACCGCCGCUAGAUGUACCCAAUAAAACCAACAAAAAGGCCUCUUUGGUAUAGGGCGGCAGAUUCGUUGGCUGUUCAACUGAAACCAGAGCUUUUCUUCUCUGCCAAUUUGGUCCACCGUCGCCAGGCCCAUUUGCUUCCACUUCUCUUUGGAUGGGGGAAGGUGGCUGAACCCCAAUCGCCAACUCCAUCGGCACGAUGAUGUCAUCCUGACGCGUCCUCCUCAUGUGAUGUGAAGAAUUGCUGCCCAUCGAAACUUUCUUCUUGUGAGAGAGGGAGAGAGAAUAUGCCAUCCUAGUUCCCUCCCGAAUAACUGAGAUGCUGAAGCCGGUCCCAUGAUCAUUCUCUUUACAAAAACCGAAGCCUCUCUCUCUCUCUCUCUCUCUCUCUGUGCUUUGCGUUUCAGAUAGUUUACCAAGAAAGGAGCACAUGCUUCUAAGUUUACUUUAUGGUGGAUGAUCUCCCUUCCAACAACAGUUCAAGUGUUGGAAGUUGCAUGAGCUGAUUCAAGAAGACAUUAUAUCCAUGAAGCCGCCAAUGGCUCCUUUGUUGGAUACCCUCAAAAUGGAGCGGGUCCGGACAAUUUUGAAUUACAGAUAUCCUUAUCCACAUGAACAUUCACAGCAUGCGAUGAUCGCUGUGUUUGUGGGUUGCCUAUUUUUCAUCUCCUCAGAUAACAUGCAUACACUAAUACAGAAGCUGGACAACAACAUCAAGUGGUGGUCAAUAUACGCAUCUUUAAUUGGAUUCUUUUAUUUCUUUUCAACACCAUUUGUCAGGAAAACUAUUAAGCCGAGUUACUCCAAUUUUAGCCGUUGGUAUGUUGCAUGGAUAGGUAUUGCUGCUCUAUACCAUCUCCCCAGUUUUCAGUCAAUGGGAGUCGAUAUGAGGAUGAACCUCUCUCUCUUUUUAACAAUAUACUUCUCAUCUGUGUUGUUUCUCGUUAUUUUCCACAUCAUUUUUUUGGGCCUAUGGUAUGUUGGACUUGUGGCCCGUGUUGCGGGAAAACGGCCAGAAAUCUUGACAAUAAUCCAAAAUUGUACGGUUAUAAGUAUAGCAUGCUGUGUUUUUUAUAGUCAUUGUGGUAAUAGGGCUCUUCUACGGGAGAAAUCUUUGGGAAGAAAGAACUCUGGCUGGUUUUCUCUUCCCUUUUGGAAGAGCGAAGAGAAACAUACUUGGUUAUCACAGUUUGUGCAUAUGCAUGAAUUGAAAGAUCGAGUUUGUUCAUCAUGGUUUGCACCUGUGGGGUCUGCAAGCGAUUACCCUCUUUUAUCCAAAUGGGUCUUCUACGGAGAGUUAGUCUGCAGUGGUUCCUGCACUGAUCCAUCAGAUGAGAUUUCCCCCAUUUAUUCAUUGUGGGCUACAUUCAUAGGAAUGUACAUUGCUAAUUAUGUAGUGGAGAGAUCAACUGGCUGGGCAUUAACACAUCCCUUGUCGAUGUCAGAAUAUGAAAAGUUGAAGAAACAAAUGAAACCAGAUUUCUUGGAUAUGGUUCCUUGGUACUCUGGGACAUCUACUGAUCUGUUCAAGACAGUUUUUGAUCUCAUGGUAUCUGUAACACUUUUCGUUGGUCGUUUCGAUAUGCGUAUGAUGCAGGCUGCAAUGAGCAAGGUCAAUGACCAAAAAGGAGACCUUUUGUAUGAUCACUUCAGGGAAAAGGAUGACUUCUGGUUUGAUUUCAUGUGUGAUACUGGGGAUGGUGGGAACUCUUCUUAUGCCGUAGCUCGCCUACUUGCACAACCUUCAAUUAAAGCUAAAGGCACUGGUCUUAAGUGUUCUCUACAACGGGGGAAGUUGCUUCUUAUAGGAGGUGAUCUUGCGUAUCCAAAUCCAUCUUCAUUUUCCUAUGAGAGACGUUUCUUUCUCCCUUUUGAGUAUGCUUUGCAACCUCCACCUUGGUACAAGCCCGAGCACAUAGCAGUGAACAAGCCAGAGAUUCCUUGUGGCUUAUCAGAUCUGAAGCAAUAUGAUGGUCCUCAGUGCUUUAUUAUUCCUGGAAACCAUGAUUGGUUCGAUGGAUUACACACUUUCAUGAGGUAUAUAUGUCAUAAAAGCUGGCUAGGUGGAUGGUUUCUACCACAGAAAAAGAGCUAUUUUGCGCUGCAACUUCCUCAUGGCUGGUGGAUUUUUGGCCUCGAUCAAGCUCUCCAUUGUGAUAUUGAUGUCUACCAGUUUAAAUUUUUUGCAGAAUUGAUAAAAAAUGAGGUUGGAGAACACGACUCUGUGAUUGUUGUCACACAUGAACCAAACUGGCUUCUUGAUUGGUACUGGAAAGAGACAAGUGGCAAGAACGUAUCACACUUAAUUUGUGACUAUUUGAAGGGAAGAUGUAAACUUAGAAUGGCAGGGGACUUGCAUCACUAUAUGCGGCAUUCUUUUGUUCCUGGUGAUAAUCCUGUAAACGUUCAACAUCUGCUUGUCAAUGGUUGCGGUGGUGCAUUUUUGCAUCCUACCCAUGUUUUUUCUAAUUUCAAGAAAUUCUGUGGAACCACCUAUGAAUGCAAGGCUGCUUAUCCUUCUUGUGAAGAUUCAAGUAGAAUUGCAUUGGGUAACAUAUUGAAGUUUCGGAGAAAAAACUGGCAAUUUGAUGUCAUUGGCGGCAUUGUUUAUUUUAUAUUGGUGUUUUCCAUGUUUCCACAGUGCAAUCUCGAUCAUAUGUUGCGGGAGGAUACUUGGUCGGGUCACCUUAAGAACUUCUUCAGUAUAAUGUGGCAAUCCUUCACAGACAUGCUGGAGCACUCAUAUGUUUCACCAAUGGGAAUCCUGGCAUUGUUAAUAACUGCUUUUCUAUUUAUUCCUUCCAAAAUGUCAAAAAAGAGGCGUGUUAUUCUUGGGGUUCUCCACGUUUCUGUUCAUGUGACUGCAGCAGUUCUUCUCAUGUUGCUACUGGAACUUGGUAUUGAGACCUGCGUACGCCACCGGCUACUUGGAACAGCAGGUUAUCAUACUUUAUAUGAAUGGUACCGGUCUGUGGAAAACGAGCAUUUCCCCGACCCCACGGGCCUUAGAAGACGGAUGGAAGAGUGGACUUUUGGUUUCUAUCCUGCUUGCAUAAAGUAUUUGAUGUCUGCCUUUGAUGUACCAGAGGUGAUGGCUGUCACCAGAAAUAGCAUCUGUAGGGCUGGAAUGGAGUCCAUAUCCAGAGGUCAGGCAAUUAUAUAUUACUCUUCCAUCUUCCUCUAUUUCUGGGUCUUCUCCACCCCUGUAGUUUCACUCGUAUUUGGAAGCUACUUGUAUUUAUGCAUUAAUUGGCUGCAUAUCCAUUUUGAUGAGGCAUUCUCAUCACUCCGAAUCGCAAAUUACAAGGCCUUCACUCGCUUCCAUAUCACCAAAGAUGGUGAUCUUAACGUUUACACGCUUGCAGUCGACAAGGUACCAAAGGAAUGGGAGCUGGAUCCCCAGUGGGAGAGUGAAUCCAAACAGCCAUUGGCUCAUCACAGGAAGUUUCCAAGCAAAUGGUGUGCACCUGCACCUAACCAAGAUCCAGUUAGCACCGCUCGCAUUGUAGACCACUUUGUGAUAAAAAGAACAUGUUCAAAACCCAUCUAAGGCAAUUUUAUUAGGUCUGACUAGUUUGUAUAUUGUUAGGUGGAAAUUCCUGUAAAACAGUGGAACAGCACCACUUUCUACCAUUGGGGAAAGGAAUUAGAAUCACAAGCUUCUGCUACUGAAUAGCA